CAUCAUCAUCCCAGGGUUGCAAUUUAAUAUUCUAGAAACUUCCCCCUCCUGUAUCUAUAUAUAUCGCUCCCUUUUCCCCUACAUCUCCAGCUCACUGCUUGUGCCCUCCACACUCACAUUUCUAGGGAUUAAGCGUUUCGUCUCUCUGUGUAUUUUCGGGUAACGGUGAAAAUGGUGAAGAACUAUCCAACCGUGAGUGAGGAGUACCUGAAGGCCGUUGACAAAUGCAAGAAGAAGCUCAGGGGUUUGAUCGCUGAGAAGAACUGCGCUCCUAUCAUGCUCCGCCUUGCUUGGCACUCUGCUGGUACGUUCGAGCAGUGCAGCAAGACUGGUGGUCCUUUUGGUACCAUGAGAUUCAAGGCUGAGCAGGGGCAUGCUGCUAACAAUGGUCUUGACAUUGCUCUCAGGCUCUUGCAACCCAUCAGGGAUCAAUUCCCCACUCUUACUCAUGCUGACUUCUAUCAGUUGGCUGGAGUUGUUGCUGUUGAAGUUACUGGAGGACCUGAAGUUCCAUUCCACCCAGGAAGGCCGGACAAGGAGGAGCCACCUGUUGAGGGUCGCUUGCCUGAUGCUACCAAGGGAUCUGACCACCUGAGGGAUGUUUUUGUGAAACAAAUGGGUCUGACCGACCAGGAUAUUGUUGCGCUUUCUGGUGGCCACACCUUGGGAAGAUGCCACAAGGAACGUUCUGGAUUUGAGGGACCAUGGACUGCAAACCCUCUCAUCUUUGACAACUCUUACUUCAAGGAGCUUCUAAGUGGAGAGAAAGAAGGGCUUCUGCAAUUGCCAUCAGACAAGGCUCUCCUUUCUGACCCAGCCUUCCGCCCGUUUGUUGAGAAAUAUGCUGCGGAUGAGGAUGCCUUCUUCGCGGACUAUGCAGAGGCUCACUUGAAGCUCUCUGAGUUGGGUUUUGCUGAUGCGUAAGGUAGCGGGUGGUGCACAUGAAGUGAGGAGUGAUGGCCUGGCCUAUUUCUGAGAAUUUAUGUUCUAAUUCUUACAAAACUCGGCGGAUCUGUUGAUCUGUUUUGUGCUUCUUUUGAUGGAUGUGUUGGUUUUUGACAUUGUUGUUGGCAGUCAAUGAUAUAUGGUCAUCACUUUCCCGGAAAAUAAA